GCGACACCGCGAAAUAUCGCAGAUCGAUGUCGCGCAAACGCUGUUGGCAAACCGCGAAGAUGCGCAGCCGAGGAUGCAGAGGAGUCGCGAUUGCGGGCAAAGGAAGAGAAGGCCGCUAAUGACAUAAUGUCGAAGCUUUGUACCUAUAAGUCAUCGCGCAUACAGAAUCUGCGCAAUAAUAAAGCACUGCACACGCGAGGACAAUGUACGCAAGGAAACAAUAAGGUCACAUGAUCGAUAAUUCAAUAAUGAGCGCGUAUCCGAAAGAUACAUUACUUUGCGCAGAGAAAACGCGGAGAACAUUAUUUACAUAUUUUACAUAUUUGUAAACGAUGAAAAUUGCAUAUAAGGAGAAAGAGCUGUGGGACAAAUACACAAUGUAAAAUAUGACACAAUUAAAGUUACGAAUAACAAUAUAAUGUAAAAUAUAACAAUUAAAGUUACGAAUUAUUACAUUAUUAAUACCGUUGCUUAUUGAGUAUUACAGAAGUCGGCUGCAAAUCGACGUAUUGCGUGACGCAUUACACAAUUACAGCCAUGUGCCGUGAUUGCGGCACGCUAUAGUCGAAUGAGUGCACUACACGUCGGAUUCAUCGUACGAGCACGUCUAAUCGAAAAUGGGAAACCGCGAUUCGCAUACACAGAAGAGUAUUGUAUACAUAUACCAGUACUCUCUUCCGGUUAUGCGGUAGUGAAACCGUGCCGAUGCAUGAAAAUUUCGUUCCACAAAACCAGUAGUUCCUCGAUUCCUCGAGGUGUUGAAUCGUCGGCGUGUUUGUAAUUUUGCUUCUAUCUUUGUUUUUUUUUUUAUUAAUAAUUUUUGACAAGUUUUGAAAUAUUAUAUUAUCGAGGCUUAGUCACGAGGUCAGAUAAAUAUAUUUAUCGAAUUAUCUGCUUGAGAAUAUUUAUAUUUAGCUGGCAAGUUAUAGCUAAGUGAAAGAUACGAUGGCACAUGUUGAUUACCAAGUUAAAUGUCAUAUAAAUCAAUUAUUGUCGCCAUAAUUCAUAUAAUGUGUAUUAAACAGCAUAGAGAUACAGUAUUAUUAAUAAAACAUAAAGCAUUGUUUCCAUGCAGAGCUCAUCGAUCGAAUUCUUAUGUACAUACUCUUGCAUGAAUAAGCAACAAAAAGCCCUGCAAAAAAUAGGUAAAUUAAAAUUGCAAUCGUGCGAUGGAUCGAAAUUUAUUAGAAUCGAAAUCUCUAUAGCUAUACAGUUCCUUGGGAAUACUGGAAAGCGCAUCUAAGGAACGCUUUGCGAGAUGAACCGAUUCAACAAGUGUGCGAGAACAUCAUCGUUGCUCAAUUGAGACGAAUCUUCUGGAAAGGACUAAGGAAACGAGAAAGGAGCACAACGUGUAAAAUAUGGACGAUUAUGUAAUCGAUUGCGGAAGACCAUGAUCAGAUUGUACAGCGCGGUCACAAUCUUGACCUUAACCGAUGCAUGUGCCACUUUUUCCGCGACCACCGGCCGUUGGGAGCGUUGCGACCCCGAUCAGUGACGUGCCGGACAUCGCGACGUUACCACGCACUCCGCUAUCCGUCGUGGCCGUACCGCGCAAACGACAUGCCGUGGACCCGCGGUCCUCUCUCAUCUUCCGCACCAGAAAACAGCACCGUCGCCUCUGCAGAAAUUUGGUUUAUCCGCGGGUCAAGAACGCAUCUACUCUCUUCAAGGAUGCUGCUGCACAUCGUAGUAUCACCGAGUUUCGUGUGAGGAUGAUGGAACACCAUGCAAAGGACGACGAGAGGGACGACGACGACGAUGUCAUCUGCGGCGUCGAUAUUACAGAUACACCGACUACAAUAUCCACGGAUAUCUCGCCUCGCUUGAAAAACGGUAUAAUACCAACGAAUUGGACAAAAUCCGUGGCUAUUCAGACCAUAGAAGGAUUACCGCUACGAUUAAGAGUAUUGCCGUCUCUCAGAAAUAUCGAAGAGGAUAACGGGAAUUCCUCUUCUGAUUCAUCGAGAUUCUGGAAGUAUCUAAAAUUUUUGGGACGAUUAUCGUUCUCGCAAUUUGGUCUUUUAUGGCUACUCGUUAUGUGGACGGUAGCAGGCGCGGCAGCGUUUUGUGCCGCGGAAGGACCACGUGAACGCGAGCAGGUCGUGUCACUGAAGAACAUGCAGAAAGAUCUGGCGAUUGGGCUGGCGACAGAGUUGCGACAAUUGCGUACAGAACGGGAUCAGGACGUGGAGCCGUUAUGGAGCGACAAAGUUCGUCAGUACGUGGCUAAACACGAGGAACUUCUCCUGGUCGCCGUUAAUUCCGGUUACGGCGAGGGCGGCAAUAGCGGACAGUUGUGGACAUUUCCUGGUUGCGUGCUGUUCGCUAUAUCGCUAAUCACUACUCUAGGCUUCGGAGCGCCUGUUCCGCGAACUAAUACAGGCCGCACGGCAGGAGUAAUUUUCGCCGUUAUUGGCAUUCCCGCGCAUUUUCUUCUUAUACUAAAUUUCGGCGUGAUGGUGGCAGUUCGUCUGCAAAGAUACGCGUUUACCAGAGGCUUGCGAUUCAACAACGUGGAAUCCGGCUAUUCCACGAUGCCGAUGCCAAAAUGGGUCAAAGUUCUAGCGUUUGUCUGUUCAGUUGCUUACUACAUUCUGGGAAUACUGUGCUUUGGUAUAGCGCGAUCGAGGCCGAUUGCGGCGAGUGUAUUGUUUCCGUUGGACUUCACCGCGGCGGGCGGACUUUCCACCAUUGUCGGUCACGUACGGAUAUUAUAUGGUCUGUAUUUAGAAGGUGCUGUCACUAUUGCGGCGAUAGUGGUAGCUGUGUUACGAGUAUCAGCGACGCAGAGUCUCACAAACAUCGGACUGAAAUAUGGUUUGUUGAUCGAAGCUUAAAUUCUCAUAGAAUUUAUUUAUUAAAUAGUCCAUAUUGUUUUUGUCAUAUGUUUUAAUGCGUUCGAUAAUGAACUAUCGAGCUAUCGGUAAUUAAACUACGCGAAAAAAAUAUAGAACAAUUAAUCUUUUAUUUCGCAAAUGCGUUUCGUCAUCAAACAUAUCGAUUCAAUUGUCAAAACAGAUUUUUUGUACAAUUUAUAUCCAUAUAGAUAAAAAUUUCUAAAUAAGAGAAAAAAAACAAAUAUGAAAGAAUACAUGCAGUUUCAAGUAUAUGCAAAAGGAUGUAAAUGGUGUUGUGUGAAUUUCUUAUUUUACAAAUAUGCACUGUCACACGAUUGAAAUGGAUAGAUUUGUAUACUUGUAUCUCCAUGUAUACUUUAUUUAAAUAAGAUGUAACAAAUAAAAACGAACUUGUGUGCUAC